GCAAAAGUAAAAUGUCUCGGAUAUUGCGAAAAAAAAAACGCGCGUGUUAGUCAGUUAAAUAGUUAGUUAGUUACUUAUUUUGUUUAAAGUUCAUAAAUUUAAAUUGAAAAGUGUAAGGCAAUAAUAACUGAAACGGACUAAUGGAGUAAUGCAAGAUCUUCCACAAAGUGACCAACGGACUGUCGGAUUACUAACGAUUCAAAACAAUUAUGAAUAACAACAGAACUGGAAAUACCCGCGGGCGCGGGAGACCAAAGAAACGACAGUUUCAGCACAAAAAGGAAGGAAGACCAGAUGAUGUGAUUAAAAAGGAUAAGUAUAUGGUUGCUCAGUCUACCACACAGGAAAGUAUAGAAAUAUCCAAUGCUAAUACAAAUGUAAAUAAAACAACAACACAAAUUUUAACUUUAGAAAAUUUGCUUACUCUUGGUCCAAUUAAUGUUUUGUCCGUUACAACUGAGUUUGGUUUACAGGAUUCUGUUUUUGGACCCUGGGAGUAUAAAAAUGCAAGAAACUGCAUCAUAAAGUAUACCAUUCAAGGCUCAGAUAUCAGUAAUUCAAUUCGACUUGAUAGCAUGUUAACAAGAGGAAUACCAAGUACUGAAAAAUCAUCCCUCGCUUUCCGUUGGUAUUCAUGGAUUCGUUUGAAGGCCAUUGCAAAUCAAAAAAAUUUACCAAUAAACUCAAUGCUGACGAAUGAGGGUCAAUUUCUUUCACUUCUACACGAAGUAAAUCUUUAUUACACUAAAUAUUCAAAAGCUUGUAGAGAUGAAGGCUUAGAGCCAAAUCGUGGACCACAAUCCCAUGAAGAUGCUUGCAAUUUAGAGCGCCUUCAUUAUUAUGGAAAGGGCACAAUAAAAUUCUACAGAAAAACAACUUUCUUGCAGCUAGUUGCAAAAAGAUAUGGAGAAAAUGUAAAGGCUGAAUAUUUGGUAGACCCAACUACACGACUCAUAAGUUGCACAGACUAUGAGGAAAUAUUAAAGGACGUUCAUUCAGAAAUUAUCCACAAUUAUUCAAGACACGAGAAGUUGUUAGAGAACUUUGCUGGGCCUCAAUGUAAUGAGGAUCGUCUAAAUAAUGAAAGGAUCAACUUUGAUGUCAAAUUUACAUCUGCCUCUUCUAAGGCAAAACAGGAACUUAAGACAGACUCGGACUUGCCUUUACAAAAUGUAUUAGAACCAACAGAAGCAGACACAAGCGAAUUUUACCUUAGAAAAUGCAAUCUUUGCAGCAAAGUCCGAUGGUUAGGAAAGAGAGCAGCUGAAAAGUUUGUCUUGGGCUCAUAUGUAUAUGGUAACCUUCAUAAACAAGUACAAUUCUCCUGCAAUCUGCUUCAUGGCACUUCAUGUGAUGAGGAAAAUGACAUUAUUCCUCUUCCAUGUUCUGAACCAAGUCCACAACUAUGGGUAGCAUACAACAGUCUGCAUGAGUCAAAGCUUACACCAGUUGCUUUUGUGUUGAAAACAAUAAGCGAAGUUAGUGCAGGUGUUGAACAUGUUCAGAUAAUGGCAAAAUAUGCAUGCACGAGUCAAGAAUUUGACAUUAUCAAAGGCAAGGCAGUAUACACUCAGUCUCUGCCUUCGGCAUGUGUGAAGUUUGUACAAUCUUUGACUACUGGUCGAUUUAAGUCUUGUAAAGAAAUACCUACUUUGAAAAAAGGAAAGCUUAAUAUAAUGAAACCACGCGAAGCUCUUGUUUGUCAAUCAUGGUUAGAUCAUAGCGAGCUGUCAUCUGAAGACCCAUCUGCUCAGCACACUGUCCUAAAUCUAAGUGGAAUUCGUGAUCUCCAUGCAACAUAUGGUGCCAUGAAGAUGAUCCAUUGCUCUCAAUGUGGAAUGUGUUCACCUGGCUUUGAAGCAGAUGCAGCUAAUUGUAUAAACGUCCCUGAAGCUGGCCAACAGAUUCCAAUGUCAAACUCUUUUCUUCUGCAAGCUUUAAAGCAGUCUCAGGUCUUAGCAGGGUCUAGUGUCACUCUCGACUCAGCAUUUUCGAGUGCUAGAGUUUAUAAUGAUGAAACAGUAACAGGGGUAUGUACAAAUUGUUCAAAAUUUUGUAAAAUUGAUGAUGGAAUUGUAACAUUGCUGCACAAAAAGUCUGCUGGUGAAGAGAGUUCUCAGGGAACCACUGUUGAUAGUCAGCAAUCUAUUGAUGACAAUAUUUCAAAUAUAAACCCUUACGGUCCUGAAAAUCUGAUGGCUCUUGAUGUUUUUCAAGAUGAGGCCUCAUAUCAGCAUGAAAUGUUCAUGGACACUUUAUCUCAGGCUGAAAAACUUGUUCUGUCACCGAUCCAUGCUGUAAUAGUUAUAUUGCGUUCUCGAACUAAUAAUAUCCCAUUCUCCAGAUAUGGAUCAAUAUCUUUUGCGAUAAAAGAACCAGUCAAAACUAAAGCUCUUCCAUGGCACACUUUCCAAAAGUUACCAUUUGUUAUCAUGGUCUCUAAGCAAGAAGAUGGGAGCAUUAAUGAAGCUAAAAUUAAUAUGGCAAAGAUUGUUCAUGCAAAAGAGCUUAUGGAGCGUGAAGUGACUUGUCCUGUAUAUGGUACCAAAAGACCAUUUUACAGGUACUGUGAUAAGGUUCAUACACCUUUUACAGUAGCUGCCAUGGAGAAUCUAGCAAGUCAGCUAUCAGAUACAAGCACAGCUGUUUACCCAAAUGGUUUAAGAAAAAUCAAUGUUGAGCUGAUCCAUGAGCGUGCUUCUAAAAGAUUAACUAUUCAGCUGUUCUCUGAAUGGAUAAACUCUGGUUUUAUUAUCGGAAGUGGCAUAAAAGAUGCGAUUCUAAUUGAAAAUCAAAAAGCCACAUCCAGCUGCCUUAACAUGGAACAAAUUGCAAAUCUAAUAUGGAACGAUCUAGCAAAGUUCAUACUAGAGAGUCAAACUAAUGACAAACUUAACCAUGAUGAAGAUCCAAAUGAAACCAUAAAAAUAACACUCACUGAUGUUGUCUUGUACGGUGUUCAGAGGAAAUGGCUCAAUCCUAGCACAGAUGUUUCAAAUGCAUCACAAAAAAACAUUGAACAGGUAUUAUUACCUGAAGAUGAAUUAAAAAACCUAACCUACCUAUGUUGUGAAGAAGUAGAACUUCUCCUAAGGGAGAGCAGCAAUGAUGAAGGAGAUUCAGGUAGUGUUGCACAGGGUGGAGUUUCUAACUUGUCUGAAAACCCAGAGCAAAUUCUCAAGAAUGGAAUGCAAAACACAGUGUUACAAAGGAUCUCAGCACCAGAUGUGGACCGUCAGAACCCUGUUGCUGAGGAUACACAAGGAUACCUACAAAUGGCUUUCCCGGAUGUCUUCCUCACUGGUGAUGCAUGUCCACACCAAGAACGUCCUCGUAGCAUUAAAAAUAAAUCAGGCAGCUACAAAUUUGCUUACCUGUAUUGGGUAUGCGCACAAAAACGAGCGAUGGUCAAUACUGAGCUUCAAUUUCUAGUUCAUAGCAUGAUUAAACGAGAACAUAGCAAGGGAAAGGCCAAGCUCGCUCUGAAAAGUGAUGCCUUUGAAACAACUGGAAUACCUGUAAAAGAGGAUUUAAUGCAAAAUGCAGAGCUUCGUGACUGGACUGUAUCAAACCUAAUGAUGUUCAAGUCCUCAAUACCGGAUACAGCUCCAUUCUGGAAAAGGUCAAGGGAUGAUGCAAUAGCUGUUCAACGGGAUUGGGAAGAAAGUGUUCCUUGGCGAAAAGACAAAAUGCCAAUGUCAAUUAUGCUGUUCCAGACUCGUGCUCCACCGUAUAACCAUCACCCGGCAAUUCACAACGUCUGUCCAGGUACAGAGACCCUCUCCAUCCAGAGUGACCAAGAAUUUUUGGAAGGUCGGCGAAGAAACGUACUACAGUAUCCAAGCAUCGUAUCGUUUAUGUGCGCAUUGAUGGCAGAGCUGGACACAACGUUUUUAUCUAGAAUCAGAUAUGAUGGUGAUGCCUAUUUUACACGGUUUGAAUGGGGUGCAAAUGCCAAUCCACAUGCUCAUAGGCUGUAUUUUAGUCGUGAAUUCAGUCAGCACAUGGACAGCUUGAAACUAAAUAUACAAAACUGCCUUCAGAGUGCCAAAGACGAAUGUUUAAAUACUGGCCAAGAUCUCAACAAUCCUCUUGUUCAGGACACUAUCCGUACUAGGGUACUCGACUGUUGGGAUCAUGCUAGGAAGGAUUACAUUGAAUAUAUGCGACCAUUCUACACCAACUGGAAUGCAGGUCUACUAGCAGAUGGUAAAAACAAAACAUUUGAUUUCAUCUAUGAAAGGACCUCCGCCAUCUGCAGACUGAACAUGGCAAGUGUGAUAGACAAUGCCCUCACAACCGGUGAUUUUUCAACAUUGGACACAAUAUAUGUGACUGUUGCCAAUGGAACAUGUCGCCACUUAGGUCAUACAGGAAUAAACGAUCAGCCUUCCAAGACAGAUAAAUGUGCAGUGGUUAAGAAAAAGCAAUCAACAUGCAAGGAAACUGGGAAUAAACAGUCCACAGAGGUUAUUACCUGUAAAAGGCGAAAACCGCAACCAAUGAAUAAAGUACCAACCAUUGAGCCUGACAAACACAAUAAGAAAAUUUUUCAACUUCAGUUUGAAUGUAACGACAAAUGGUUUAAUGGUCAUGAUCCUUUUGAGAUUCUGCAUUUUCUUAGCAAUGCUGAUGACAAAGCUGUUGUGCCAGAGUUUCUCAGAAAACCUCCAGUAAUAGAGGUCAGUUGUUGCCAAAAUAAAGAAAAUGGGGUGCAGGACUUAAAUCUUGAGUUCUUUUCAGAUACUGGUGACUCUGCUACAGAAUAUGUAACUAAAUAUGCCUUUAAAGAUGCAAUUCCCACUAAAACAUCUAAUGAAGUGCUCAUCACUGCAAUGGAGAAGUUGCAAGAUGGUGAACCAAUAAAUCAAGGUGCUGUUCAAAAAAUGUACAAUAGCCAUGCAAUUGCUGGCACAACAUCUAUCUUUCAGGCAACUCACCUCAAUCAAAAUAUCCCACAUGUUCUUUCAAAUGUUAACAUCAAAAGUUGCAGUGUAUCUGGUUUGUCUCUGCUGAGAACUGACUAUGAUAAAAAAGAUGGCGAAGAUUACAUUCUCCCACCUCUCAUUAAACAAUUUGAUGGGCGACAUGGCACAACAGCUGUUUUCAUCGAAUGUGGCAAAGAGUCGCCAAAACUGAAGGCAGAGAUACAAUGCAACAUGUGUCUACAUCAGUUUUGUGACUUGUUUGAUGUUAAAGAAAUUAAACCCAAUGAUGGUGCAAGAUUCUUACAAUUUAAAAGAAGAAGUACUGCAAGAAAUGGCAGAUUGAAUGCAUUAAAGCUCAUACCUUGCCAUGGUAUAAGAAUGGCAAAUCCCCGUGGAAAACAAUAUUGGCACUAUUGUAGAACACUCUGCCUUUGGAAGAUUCCUUGCCACAAAACUACUGACUUCUCACCAAUUGCUGAAGAUGCAGAAUCUUUAAAGAAAGCUUGGAUUGAUCUAUUCAAUCAAACAUUUCUUGAUGGUAAUGGACUUCCACCAUGGGCAUACAAAUUUUGGAAACAUCACCAUCUUCCUCGAAACAACAACUCUGAUUCAGAUUCAUCCUCAGACGAAGAUCUCGAAGAAAACCAGCAAGCUUGUGCAGUAGAUGCAACUGAUGACACUAAUCUUAGCAAAAUUAAAAGCAGUGAAUACGAUUCCGCUUCAAAACCGAUAGCACGCCCCGGAAAUGAACAAUUUUAUCAAAACCCAGUUGAUCGUUUGCGGUCUGCCCCGCAGCAGGGCAUAGAUUCCAAGCCAUGUUUCAGUGAUUCUGACAUUUUAGCUAAUCCUGAAGGUGUUGAUUUUAUGAAAAGCUGGCUAGGAGAGAAUGUUAUACCUUCUAUGGCUGAAAUACAUGCUCAUAUUUCAAAUCUCACAAACACGCAAGGAGUUUUGUCAAGUAAUUCAUUUGAAGCAUCUUCAUUAAAUGAUAAACAAAAGAUGGCUCAUGACAUUGUUGUUGAUUAUGUUAAAAUUAGAUUAAAUUGGGAAACAAAUAAACAAGCACCUCCCCCAAACCCCUUGCGUCUCAUUCUAAUGGGCAAUCCAGGUACUGGAAAAAGCUGGACACUAAAAUGCAUCAUAAGCAGUGUAAUAAGCCUCUUACAAUCUAACCCUGAUUCAGAUGCACAGGUAAGCACUUGGACAGACAGAAUCAAACUUGCAGCUCCCACAGGAGCUGCAUCAAGUCAGAUGUACUUCAAGUCAGAGACUUUGCAUCGACUUUUUUGUAUACCUGUCCAUCUAAAUGAAAAAGAUUUGCGUCUGGAAGAAACAUCUGCCACAUAUUCCAGACUUAUGCUCAAUUUUGACCCCAAAAAAUUCUUUCUCCUCAUUGUUGAUGAGUUUUCCAUGCUGUCACGAGAGAUGUUUGCCUUUGUAACUGAACGACUGAUUCAGUGCAACAUUGAUCUCGACAAUAUUGGCAUUGUUCUUAUUGGGGACCCAGCACAGAUUCUUCCGAUUGCAGCUGAACCUCUCUGGAGCGCUCGUUCUUACACGCAUGAAAACAAAAAAUGCAGUUCCCUUUCUAUUAAUGGUUUGAUAAGGUUUAGACAGGUCUUCAAAUUUCCACCGUUACAAACAAUUCCAAACUAUGACAAAUGGCAAUCGUCAACAUCGCCUAAAGAUCGUCUUUUAUCAGAUGAUAUUACUGCUUGUCGGAAAGAUCUGAUGCUGGGCCAAUUUGAUGCUGUGUUUUUGACUGAAGUCAAAAGAACAGAUGUUGAUCCCAUUAGUCAAUGUUUCACUGGAAAAGUGCUUGUCAAUAUGAGGUAUGGUAAAAAAUGCAGGGAAAAAGAAAUGCUUUUCCUUAGAAAAAACUGUGCAACAGAACGUGAUAUGAAGAUGGACGGGAAGUGGAACAGUGCACAUAUCAUCCAUGGGUAUCAUUUUCAUUCAAAAAACCAUGAAAAUAGGUCAACUGUUGAGUCUGAAAACGCAAAAGCUCUUCUCAGACAUCACAAAAUAACAGGAAAUCCGAUAAUGCGAAUAGACUCAAUACAUCGUCCAGCAGCAAAAGAAAACAAGCUGAGAGCAAUGUCUGCAAAAGAAUUUGAAGGUGCCCCACCCAGCUGGCACGCAUGCAGGGGAAUGAGAGUCAUGCUCUUACGUAACAUUGCUCCAAGUAUAGGUCUCUACAAUGGAUCAUUACAUACUUUGGUGGGACCAAUAUAUAACAGGGACAGCAUUGUUGCUUCUUUAACUAGUGCAGAUUUGAAAACAGGAGAAUUACAGGACUGCAUUACUACAAAACCAAUCGAUACAUGUGGAAAAGUACAGCAGAUUCCCCCAAAGAGUGUAUUGCUUUCUGUUGAUGAUGUUCCUUAUUGUAAGGAUACUGUUGAUGAGUUUCCUUCAGGCGUACACAUGACCUGUAAGUUUCAGGGUCCUAGUAACCCACCAGAAAUGCCUGAUUUUAUGGUAAUACAAGCUUCCAAUUACUCGGGCCCAAAUAUUUUAAGAUUACCAGGAUGCGAAAAUUAUGUCCCAAUUCCUCCUGUUGAAAGUUACAAACAAAAAGCUGGGAAGACAAAGUCAAACAUACCCAUGAUUAGAAUCGCCUUGCCACUCGAAGGAGGAGAUGCAGCAACAAGUUUUAAAGGACAAGGAGCUAAUUUCCCAUUGGCUGAAGUUGAUCUGGAUGGCUGGUUUCAUGUGCCUGGCAUAUUCCUGGUUGCCAUUUCUAGGGUUAGAAGUCCCGCCCAUCUUCAUAUACGUACUUUUCCAAAUUACAUGGACCUUAAAGUACAAAGGCUUAAGGAAAAUGUUCUUGAUGCACAAGCAUUUGAAGAAGCCGUAAAAGUUAAGUCUGAACGCAUGUACCGACAUAAAAACUGUGGCGACCUAUUUUGGACUACUCAUUAUAAUGAUUUGGCAGACAGUAUCAUAGAUAAAGCUUUUGCAAAAAGGUUAAGUAUCAAAAAGGACAAAGAGGAACUGAUUCGCAUCGUGCAACUUAUGUUUAUAGACACCGAUACAAAUGUUAUUAUGAGAGUGCUUGAAAAGUUGAUCGAAACCCAGGAAUAUCUGGUAGCUGAAGCAGCACCACACAUAAGUCAAGAGGAUUAUGAAACCUUGACUAAUUACCAAAAGAACAAAUCUGUUAAACCAAAGGUUUUAAAAAGACAAUUUGACGAUAAGUUAUCUCUAGGAGGCCCAUCAUGUGACAUUAAGAAAAGGAAAUUACCAACCCCAAAACAAAAAUUGUCACCUCUUGAUCCCAUACCUAAUGAAAAUUUGCUGUCCCUAAAAACUCGACCUGAUAUUUCCAGACAAACAUUUAAAGGUUUGCAAAACAGUGGAAAUAAUGUGUGCUUUUUGAAUGCCCCAAUUAUAGCUCUUUGCCAUACCAGAAGUUUUGAUGCCUUCUUAAGGGAGUGUCAAUACUUGCACCAGCAAUGCUCUGGUUACCACCUUCAAAAUGAGAUUUGUCCUCUUUGUGCACUGAAUGAGGUUGUAAAUCGUGCCUAUUGGCAUCACAAUUUACCCCUAAGGGAUCUCCCUAAAAUGCCAAUUAUAAAACUAACAGAGUCCCUGCUCCCUGGUUGGCGCCUAGGAAUAGAACACGAUGCGGAUGAGUUCCUUGUUAAACUUUUUGACCGUCUUGAUCAAACAUACGAUUGCCAAAUUCACAAGGGAACUGUCAAAACUACAAAAACAUGUCAAAGUUGCAGUUCCUCAAAAAUCAAAGAACAAUUCCGAUCCCAAAGAAUCUUAAUCAAUCUUGUAGAUAUAGAAGAAGCACAAAUACGUAUACAAGAGGGCAUUAACAAAUGGCUAAUGGAACAGAAAUUGCUUAAUUGUGAACAUUGUGGUGAAAAGUUACAUGAGGUCAAACGUGAAUUGGUCAGACCGCCCAGUCUCCUGAUAAUAAAUAUUCAUCGUAGUGCACAAAAGAGAAUCUCUCUUGAUAAUAACAUUUUUAUUAACAACGAGACCUAUGAGUUCAAAGCGUCUGUCAAUCAUCACCACCAACACUACACUACUGUUGGGUGUGUUGAUAAUAAUCACUAUAUUUUUUACAGUGAUGAGCGUGUUCAAUUGUGCCACGGAAAUUUAGAGGAAACAGAACAACAAAAUUUUUCCAUAAAUACAGUGAGAACACCACUUGAAGAAUGUGCCAUUGUUUUAAUCUAUGAACGACAAUUGCAUUUAUAACUUAAAAUUACAUCUGGGAAAUAAAUACCAUGUCUCUAAUGGAACAAAUUAUAUUCAGAAAACAUGAGUACAUGCAUGUAUGUAGGCACCUAACAUACAACUGCUAGGCACAUAUAAUCAAUUUUGUUUACAUAAAUCUGAUAUUACAGACAAAAUCAUGUUCACCAUCAUAUCAGAGAUUUACGUAUUAAAUGCAAAGAGAGCCUGCGACGCAAUGGAUGAAUCAUCUUCGUCAAAUCUAUUUAACAUAUAAACAAAAAACAAAACAUCUACAAACACGUCAAACAAAUAUAAUCCCAAUAAAAAGGUUGUCGGAAUAAACAUAGAAAAUUUGUAUCAAAAUAUAAAUAAUAACCUGUAUCUUGUCAGCCCACUCUGACCCAUCAACAAUAGCCACGAGAGGUGUCGCUGAGCAGGGCAUAGAUGACAGGUCCCUCGACGCAGCGUCAUCGGCUUCUUGUCUAUUCGCCCUGCUCUGGCUGCAUCUGUUGAAAGGCACAUAAAAUCGACAAUUUUUACAUAAAUCUGAAAUUACCAUCGUCAAAUCUAUUUAACAAAUAAACAAAAAACAAAAUAUCUACAAACAUGUCAAGCAUAAAAAAUAUAAUCCCAAUAAAAAGGUUGUCGGAAUAAACAUAGGAAAUUUGUAUCAAAACAUAAAUAGACUACUAAUAACCUGUAUCUUGUCGGCCCACUCCGACCCAUGAUUUCAAUCUUACUUUACUCUCAAUAUAUGCUGGAUAACGGAAAAGCAUCUUCAUGGGAUUGAAGGGUGAUGAGUUACAUGAAAGUUUAUGUUGUGUGUUAUGUAAAUAUAUACAUGUUUCAUUGGGUUUUUGUGCAUGUAAAUACUGUAAAAUUAAUGUUGUUUGUUAUGUAAAUAUACAUGAUGUUUAAAGGUUUGUGUUAGCAUUGGAUAUUAAUUAUUAAUAUAUUAUUGCAUGUAAAAUUGUAAAUACUGUUAGAUUAAUGUUGUUGUGUUUUGUAAAUAUAAUGUUCUCUAGUAAUUAGUUUUUAUGCUCUCCGAAAUAAAAUUUCGGCGGAGCAUAUAGUUGCCAGUUUGUCCUUCCUUCUGUCACACUUUUGUUACAUUUUCUCAUAGCACCUUUAAAACUUAACCAAUCUCUUUCUUAUAUUUCCAAUAUUUCUAUGAAAGUUAAUAACAAAUAAUUGUUUUCAUCAUCAGUAUAUGUUAAUCUGGCGAAACAUGAAUACAUUUAUUUAUUUUUUAUUAUUAAUACUUGUAAAACAAAUCUUUAUUAUGUUCAACUUCUUUAUUAAAUUCAUGUACAUGUAUGUAUGAAUAUAACACUGUAUUAUGUGAAUUUGGAAUAAGACAUCAAACUGCGAAUGGACAUCAUUUUGGUGAUUUUCUCAAACAAAACUAUUCAUUUCAUGAUCUACAUAUAUUUUGUAAUACAUUAUCUAUAAUUUAAGCUUAAUAAGCAAUUUUCCAUGACUUUCAUUAACAGUGAUUGAAUUUGUAUCAUUUAAAGUGUAUUUUGAAACCGUGUGCAUGCGCGGCAUGGACACAGUAUCAUUUCAUGAGUUUCUUUUUUUUUAUUAAUAAGAAAUCCAGUUUUGAAGUAUAAUCAAUUUUAAUGAUGCUAUUAUAUAUGCAAGUAUAUGUUUUAAGUAUAAUUUGUAAAACUAAAAAAAUGCAACAUAUAAAACUGCAUAUUAUGCACUUUUGAUAAAACACAAUUUAUUCCCAAAUUGAUGUCUUAUUCCCAAUUCACAUAAUACAGUGUUAGAUGAUCUUUACGCGAUCAAUAUGAUGUUUAAAUAUUCUUAUUUGUUCUCACAUUGACUUAAUGCUUUGUAUAACUAUUUUGUAAAUGACAAAAAAACUGUAAAGUUUACGUCAAUAAAACAAUCUGUGUGUCUGUCUUAUUUGGCAUGUAAAUACCUUGCAUGGACCUCUACCUUAUGAUGAGGUUUGAGGUCAAUGGGGUCAAUGUCACUGAGGCUAAUAAUAGAUUCUAAUGUCUCACUUUUUUUACAGUUUGUCAUAGCACCUUCAAUAACUAACCGAUCUCCUUCAUAUUUGGCACGUAUGUACCUUGCAUGGACCUCUACCUUUGAUUAGGUUUGAAGUUACUGGGGUCAAGGUCACUGAGGCUUAUAAUAGAUUUUUCUGUCACUCUUUUGUUACAGUUUCUUAACAGAUCUCUUUCAUAUUUGGCAUGAAGGUACAUUGCAUGGACCUCUACCUUAUGAAUAGGUUUGAGGUCAUUGGGGUUAAGGUCAUUGAGGCUAAUAAUAGAUUCUUCUGUCACACGUUUGUAACAGUUUCUCAUAGCACCUUCAAUUCUUUACUGAUCUCUUUCAUAUUUGGCAUGUAGGUACCUUGCAUGGACCUCUACCUUUUGAUGAGGUCACUAGGGUCAAGGUCACCAAGGCUUAUAAUAGUUUUUUUAGGUGGUUUUUAACACAUAGAUUGACAAAGCCCGUCAUCGGGGAGCAUCCAUCAGUUUCACUGAUAUUCUUGUUUUUAAGGCUUUUGUCAGUUGAUAUUCUUAAUUUUAAGUAAAAUAGCAUUUGCAAGCAAUAUCAGAAAUGGAAUAAUUCUUUGACCGUGAAAUAAAAUUGUAUAACUGAGCAAUUGUUAAAUUGCUAAUAACAUUUACAGGGUGCAGCAUCAACGGGGUUCAAAAUAAUGUUGUGGUUACGGUUCCCCAACGGGGCCUAUUAUUUUGCUGCGACCCUACAUCAUUAUAUUCAAAAUUAAAAGCCAAAAUAAAAAAAAUCGCGAUAAAAUUUAAACUGUACUGGAGGAACGUUUUUUAGCCACAUCAACGUUUUUAACGGAGUGCGAUUUUUAUGCACGCACCGUUAGCAUCAUCGGCGAGGCACUUUAUGUAUUAAAUGCAUAGAGCGUCUGUGUUGCAAUGGAGAAAUCAUCUUUUUUGUCAAUGUUAUUUAAUGUUUUACGUAAAUAGUAGUGCUGUGCCUCCGAACACAAGUGACACUCGGAUUUUUUGUAGUGCUGUGCCUCCGAACACACGUGACACUCGGAUUUUUUUAAAGUGCUGUGCCUCCGAACACAUGUGACACUCGGAUUUUUUUUAAAGUGCUGUGCGUCCGAACACAUGUGACACUCGAAUUUUUUUUUAAGUGCUGUGCCUCCGAACACAAGUGACACUCGGAUUUUUAAACUACAAAUGGGAGAAAAAGCCCGAUAAGGUGAUAUAAGCCGAGCCUAGGAACAUUGAAUCGGAUGGCGCCUGUUGAUACCCCUGCCACUGAGCAGCUAAUACGAGUUAUAACUAUAAUUAAAUGCAUCGAUUUGAUUACCAUGCCAAUCCUACUAAAUUUGAUUUAAUUCUUUAAUAUAUAGCCAUAGAUAGUAGAGUGCCCUGUACUCUGACUAUUUGAUACAGAAAGGUCAAUGUUUUAUCUUUACCUGAAAUAACAACGCGCGAUUUGGUUAAUUAUUACUUUGGUCAUCCAAUCAAUAAGCGGGUAACAGUCUACUUUCGGACAAAGAGUAAAAAUGGCUGAAAAAGUUGUGGCCGAAAAAUUGUAAUAAUCAGAUGCGCCUAUGAAGCUAAAAUAAAAAGUGUGACAGUAUUUUGGGUUUCGGGAUGGUAGCCCUCCCUAUAAAAUUACAUGUAAACUUUGCUUCACGGACCUGAUUUACUCUAUUUUUAGCUUACCUGUAACAAAGUUACAUGGUGAGCUCACAGUACAGGCAAUAUGUACUUUGACAAAAACGCGUGUCCACGGUGUUCAAUUGUCCCAAUGGGUGACAUUUUGGGGGGGGGGGGCGGACACACUACUGACCGCGGUGUUCAGCGAACACCUGAAAUUGCCGCGAUUGCACGCUAUCGUAAACGGGAACACCCGUGAUCACCGCGAUGCUGCGCAGCCACCGUAAACACCUGUCUGUGAGAGUCAUUCACACGUUUUAAAUGUACAUGUACAAAAUAAAAUCAUAUACUUUAUGUACAUGUUGAUAUUAUGUGCACAUUUUUUAUGUGUACUUAAACUCGGGCAGUACGUUAAGUCGGAAACUGAAACUAAGCGUUUAGAUAAUCAAUACUAUUAACUUUUAUGGUGUUAAUCAAUGCAAUUGCCCUUUUUGUUUUCACAAAAUCGGGUUUCAUUUUUCCCGAUUUCCAGAAAAUGACUUGUACAUGUUGCAUGAAAUCUAAAUAUAGCGUGUUACAGCGUGUUUGAUUUUUAUUUUAAUCAGAUGAAAUGUCAAUUCCAAAUAAUUCGCAAGCUACCCCGGUUCUUAGGAAGAAAUUCACUACGAAACUUUAAAUCGAAAUUAAAAGAUCCCAAUGUUGUCUGCGCUACAAAGAUUUUGUGUCAAAAAUAAAUACACCCAUGCCAAUUUUUGCGCGCUUUUUAUGGUUCAGAACAAAGAAAAUGAAAAUAUCAUGGGCAUAUAUACAUGUAUUUAUUUGUGGCUACAAUUUGUAACAGAACAUGAACUCUACACAACGCGCACACUAGGCGUCAGGUGAUUUACGAAUGUUGCAAUACACCUGUUCUGAUUGGGCGCUUAUUACAUCAAAUCUUUAAAUAGAAACAUGCAGAAAUUCAUUUGAUAGUUUAGAGAUAUGGCGAAUGUUGUGAUUUUUGCGUUUCUAUCACACUUUUAUCUGUUUAAGCGAACACCGUAAAAUGAACACCGCAACGAGUGGCGUUUGUCAAAGUACACGUUGCCUGUACUGUAUGUGAUUGUUUGUUGUCUGGCGUCCAUGCGUGCGUCUCUCAACAGUUUGUGUGAACAGUAGAGGUCACAGUUUCAAUCCAGUCUUUAUAAAAUUUGGUCAAAAUGUUUAUCUUGAUGAAAUCUGGAUUGGGAUUGUUUUAGGGUUGUCUGGUAAAAAACUAGGUCACUAGGUCAAAAACUAGGUAACUAGGUCAAAUAAUAGAACAACCUUGUGUAAACAAUAGAGGUCACAGACAGACAAACAGACAGACAGACAGACAGACUUUUUUAUUCAAGACUUGCACAUUGUACAUCGUCUAAACACAUAUAUUUACAACUAAUAUGUCAACAUGUUUUCAUCAAAUAUGUAUGAAAUUAAGUCAGAAUGUUAUCUUGAUGAAAUCUGGGUUGGAUUGUAUUUGGGUCAUUUGGGGUCAAAAACUAGGUCACUAGGUCAAAUAAUAGAAAAACGUUGUGUAGGCAAUAGAGGUCACAGUUUUCAUAUAUAAUUCGAUGAGAAUGUUUAUUUUGAUGAAAUCUGGGUUGGGAUUGUAUUUGGGUCAUCUGGGGUCAAAAACUAGGUCACUAGGUCAAAUGAUAGAAAAACCUUGUGUAGACAAUACAGGUCACAGUUUUCAUCCAAUCUUUAUGAAAUUUAACCGGAAUGUUUAUCUUGAUGAUAUCUGGAUUGGUGGUUUAUUUAGUUCAAAUAGGGUUAAAAACUAGGUCAAAUCAACAACGACGGGUAAGACACCCCCGAACUCAGAGUUUCGGUUCGAGGGUGGGGAGGUGCUGAUGUGUCACUCCUUAA